AUGCAUCUCUUUCCAAAUAUUCCUACCUAUUCUUUCUCUCCCGUUCUUUGUUGUUGCCUUCUCUUCCCAACUCUCUCUUCUGGCCAACUGUCCAGCAUUUCAAGACCAAUUGGUAUUGUCCAAAUUGUAGAGAUAAGUGUGAUUCUGGUAGGAAGGCCGUUGUUGGAGAACCAUCCAACAUUUCAAGACCAAUUGGCCCACGAUUUUAGUUCAGCUAAAUUUGAUGAGCGAACCGUCAUGCUGUGUGACCAAUGUGAGAAGGAAUUUCAUGUUGGCUGCUUGCGUAGAAGUGGACUGUGCGAUUUAAAAGUAAAACUCCCAAAAGACAAGUGGUUUUGCUGUGAUGACUGCAGUAGGAUUCAUAUAGCUCUACAAAAUUUGGUACCAAUUGGACCCAAGAUUGUUCCAGCUUCAUUAUCACAUAUCAUACUUAAGAAGCAUGCAGAUAAAGGAUUGUUUAUUGAUGGAGCAGAGGAUGAUAUUCAAUGGCGAAUUCUAAGUGGAAAAAGUCGAUAUCUAGAACAUCUACCAUUUCUGUCAAGGUCUGCUGCUAUUUUCCAGGAGUGUUUUGAUCCUAUUGUAGCAAGAUCUAGUCCUGAUUUGAUUCCUGUUAUGGUGUAUGGAAAAAACAUUUAUGGUCAAGAGUUUGGAGGAAUGUACUGUGUAGUUUUAACUGUGAGGUCUAUUGUUGUAUCAGCUGGUCUUCUUAGGAUAUUUGGUCGUGAGGUAGCUGAGCUUCCCAUAGUGGCGACAACUAGAGAACACCAAGGGAAAGGCUAUUUCCAAGUAUUAUUUUCAUGUAUAGAGAAGUUGUUGGUUUCCCUGAAUGUGGAAAACAUUGUGCUUCCUGCUGCUGAGGAAGCAGAGUCAAUCUGGACAAACAAGUUUGGAUUCACAAAGAUGAGUGAUGAUCGACUGUCAAAGUAUAUGAGAGAGGUGCAGUUUACAAUUUUCAAGGGAACAUCCAUGCUGGAAAAGGCAGUGCAGCAGGAACAACAAUGCAUAAUAAAGUGCUACUGGAUAAUCUAGAGUUGGACCUUUCAA